AUGGCGAUUUCGACGACUGGAAAAAUCGUGAUUUUUGUAGCCACGAUUGCUGUCGUGGGCGCCAAUUAUGAAGUAGGUGUCGGUAUAGCCGAUAUGACGGGACCUUGCGUUGAAAUUAAUUUUGUGGUUAAGAACCUGCAGGAGCUAUACGGGAACAUUUACUCUCUUCGCAACGUGAUAGUGACGGGAACUCACACGCACAGCGGCCCCGGUGGACAUCUUGUGGACUUUCUACUGGACAUCAGCAUACUCGGUUUCUCCAAACAAACUUACGAUGCCUAUGUCGCUGGAAUAACUAGAAGUAUCAUCCGCGCCCAUGAGAACAUAGUACCAGCGCGUCUGUUCUUUGGCGAGACGCGCGUGUGGAAUGUGCACAAGAAUCGCUCGCCGUACUCUUACGAUUACAAUCCGUUGGAAGAAAGAGAACGAUACGACACCAAUACCGACAACACGCUUACCCAAGUUCGAAUCGUGAAGGAAGACGGCAGUAUCCAUGGCGUCUUGAACUGGUUCCCUAUACAUGCUACCAGCAUGAAUAUGAGCAAUCGGCUCAUCUCGUCAGACAACUUGGGCUACGCAGCUCUUCGGCUCGAGCGGGAAUUGAACCCGGCAAGUUUGACCGGUAAGCCGGAAAUAGUGGCUGGUUUCUUCUCUUCGAACCAUGGAGACGUGUCCCCUAAUACGGGAGAUGCCCGCUGUGAGUUCAGUGGGGAGCUAUGUGAUAACCAGUUCCUGUUGUGCAAAGCUCGGGAACGCUGCUUCGCAUCAGGCCCUGGGGAGGACAUGUUUGAGAGUACUGAGAUUAUUGGAACUGGUAUAUAUAAAGCUGCUUUGGAAUGUGCCCAGGAUAACGUUACUUAUAAAUAUAAACAGGAGGUGCUCCACAGUGCGGGGACAGAGCUGCGAGGUGAGCUGGCGGUUAUCCAUCAGUUUAUAGAUAUGCCUGAAGAAGUUGUAGCGAAAUACGAUCCUGUUGCAAGAAGAUUUGAUCUCAACGAACCCGUCAAAGGCUGUAUGGCUGCUAUGGGCUAUAGUUUUGCAUCUGGGACUAUCGACGGCGCUAAUAUACUUAAUAUAACACAGGGUACUUUAACAGGUAUUCCCGUAUUGGACGCGAUAGUAGGCUUGGUAAUGGGGCCCACUGAAGAGGACGUGAAAUGCCAUGCACCAAAACCGAUUCUUUUGGCUACGGGCAGGGCAAAUUUCCCUGUCCCAUGGCACCCGAGAAUAGUGUCGGCGACUCUAAUCUGGCUGGGCGGGUUCGUUGUGGCCGGUCUCCCGGGAGAGCCUACCACGAUGGCCGGCAGGAGGGUGAAGGACGUAGUGUCCAAUGUCAUGCGGCAGCACGGACUUCAGCCCAGGGUUCAAGUCUCCGGAUUGACCAAUGAAUAUAUACACUACAUCAGCACUUUUGAAGAAUACCAGGUCCAAAGAUAUGAAGCCGCUUCCACAAUUUAUGGGCCCCACACGCUCGAAAUAUUUCUCAACAAAUUCGCCGAGUUCAUUUCCGUUGCUAUAAAGGGUGGCGAUGUGGAUCCGGGUCCAGAACCGGAGGACCACAGAUCUAACACGAUCUCCUUCGUAUCGCCCGUGGUCCUGGAUGCCACUCCAAUCGGCCGCCACUUCGGGGCGGUUCUCGAGCAGCCGCCUUCGAAGGUCAGAGUGGGCGAUGUAGUCAGUGCUACUUUUGUUGCCGCCAAUCCUCGUAACGAUAUCCGUCAAGAAUCAUCUCACGCUGUAGUGGAAAGAUUAGAUGGAAGUCAGUGGAGAACCGUCGCCACUGACGCCGAUUGGGAGACUAAGUAA